AUGUUCAUCAAUACACUCGUAGAAGGAAAAAUCUCAGUAAAAGUGUUAAUUGAUACAACAUCUAAAUAUAAUAUUAUUAGCAAACACUUAUUCGAUAAGCUUGAAUCUGAUCACGGAUUAGAAGGUAUAGUUGGUGAUAAUCUGAUAGACUUUCAAAUUCACAAAAAUCCAUCAUUCGAUCUGGUGUUGGAGCAAGAUUGGUUAUGGAUGCGUGAAGCAAAAAUAAGCUUUGGACAUUCUCCUAAAACCCAUGUCUGCCAUGCUAAAAUUGUAAUAGAUAGUAUGAGCAUCUCAUUAUUCGAUGAAGAUUUUAACAAAGCCAGCUUCACUAAAAAUAAUUUAUCUAAAUCAAUGGAAUCUAAACCUGACACUUCAGACAGCGAUUCAAGUAAUUCUUCCACAUCUAGUUCAGAAAUAGAAGUUACAUAUACGCAUAAGACUAGAGCAGUAAAGAAACGCCCUAUUAGAAAGUGUAAAGUAAAAGACAAAGUUAAUUAUCGAGCUUAA